AUGUCUUCAAGUGAUUAUGCAAAAGUAAAAAAAGGAGGUUUCAAAUUAAAAGGGAAAGUAAGUUUUGGCAUUGAUAAAAAAAAGAAAAAAAUUAUAAAUAAAGUAAAAGAAGUUGAUCAUGAUGCUGAGAGUAGAGGUGGUUGGAGACGUUUAACACUUGCAAGAGAGAUUCGUGGUGGUAUGGAUGUUGCAUUUGAAUGUGGUGAUUAUUCUAAACGUUUUCUUUAUUCUCAGGAUAAUGGUAAAUUUAAAAUUGGAUCUGUUCAUGAAGACAAUUCUCCACCAAACCCAGAGGAAGUUUUUACAAUUAUAAAAGCUCCAGAUGAUGUGGCGUUCUCAAUAAAAACUGGAUACGGAAGAUAUAUAGGUGUUAAUGCUAAUAAAGAACUUGUUGCAACUGCAGAAGCUAUAAGUGAAAGAGAAAGAUUUGAAAUUGUUUUUGAAAAUAAUAAAACUGCAAUACAAAAUGUUGCUUCUGGAGGUUUUUUAACAAUGAAUAAUGAUUCAGAUAAUUUUGUAAUGUGUAGUAGUUUAACUGCAAGAGAAUUUGAGAUGAUUAAUAUAAGAACAAAUGCAGUUUUUGAUCAAAAAGUUGAUUAUAUACCUACUGAAGAUACACUUGCGUCUGCAGAUUGUGAAACAUCUUAUAUUAAAAUGUAUCAACAUUCUCGGGUAGAUUUAAAGAAUAAACGAAUAUGUGUAAAUGUACAAGAUAAGAGUGAAAUUGAAAAGGCAAAGAAAGAAGGAACGUUACAUGCAACUCUUCUAGAUCGUCGAAUGAAAACAAAAUCUGAUCGAUACUGUUAA